AGCUCUACAAUUGCUUGUUCAGGCUUCCCGCGUUCCACGAUAUCAGGCGUCCUACAUGUGGAUAUGUUCUGGUAAACGACGGGACAACUUUGGUAUUUUGGCAAAGAAUAUAAAGAUGUGAGAUUCCUCCCCGCACGCUUGUUGCCUUACCUAGUACCCCUUCCUCAGUCCUCGCUAUGGCGACCUCUACUUCUUUGACUAUUCCACCGGAGUUUGAGGAUCAACUGCGUUAUGUUGAGCCGCUCGACAAACGUUCAGAAGAAGAGAUCCUGGCCUCACUGGGAAGGCAUGUUCCUGUCACGUCCGAACAGAACAUCUGGGCAUUUUGGGAUAAAGGUGCUCAGGCAAUGCCCGAUUGGUGUAAACGCAAUGUCGUUGAUUGGUUUCGCCUGUGUGGCCCUUCGUGGACGAUACGCGUUCUAGAUGCCAUACCAGAUUCGCCGAACUACGCUCUCAACUAUGUAUCUGCCGACCUUUUGCCAGGUUCUUUCGUCGACGGCACCAUGACCGGCCCUUAUGUCGGACCACAUAGCGCCGACUUUCUUCGAGGGGCGUGCUUGUGGACACACGGUGGGGUGUACAUGGAUGUUGGCAUCAUUCUCAUUAGGGACAUUGACAGGAUCUGCUGGAACCAGCUUGCAGACCCCAAUUCGCCGUACCAAGUCGCUGCACCAAUCAUGUAUGCCACAACCAUGGCAAAUCAUUUUGUGGCAAGUCGAAAGGGCGACCCAUUCAUCAAGCUUUGGCAUGAUCUUUUUGUGUUCCUCUGGAAAGACCGCCAAAAUCAUGAGGGCAUCAUUGGAAACCCCUUGGUCGCGUUCGCUCUUCAAAACAGUUUCCAAGAGUCGCAAGCUGCCGACUACCAUUGGGACUUCAAAGUUGAGCCUCAAGUCGUCUUCGAAUAUGUCGGUCAGGUCCUAUCCUGGAUGAGACUUUGCAUGCUAGAAGACGCUGGAAACGGUUUCAGUGGCCUUGACUAUUGGCAGAAACAUGUCUUUGUAUUCGAUGCGCUCCAAGAAGACUGGGCCUCCGAAGCGACCAUCGGCUUCGCAGGACAGAGUCUAUUCGAUGCACUGGCGACAAAGCUGACGUCGCCCAAGGAUUCCGAGGAAUACAAGACAGCAUACAAGCUCGUGUGGCGGCUUCUGACAAAAUCGAGCAUGCAAAAGAUCACCCAUGGUAAGAAUCUGACUACCACUCCCUCGGUGGGUGUCCUGUGGGAAGAGAAAGGCAACGAAUACAAGGACCACGAAGCUGGCACUUUCGCUGAACUGCUGAGGUACGGCUGCGUGCACUUUGAGCAGACAAGAGAAGGCAUCAAGUAUGUCGAAGCCAAGAAACCGCCAAUGACGAUGCAGAAGGGGUUGCUCGAGCCGUAAACCACGGGCUCCGGGCAAGGUGUCUGAGAGGAAGCACUUGAGCAGGCUUCAUUCAUACAGCCUUUCAGACCGUACGCACACGCAGCUUGAUCCUUGUUCCUAUCCGCAAUGCGAUUUUACUCUUUCAGCAAUCCUCUCCCUCGGCACCACCGGAUGGCGGAUUGAUGUCCAAGAGAUUCGGGCACCAGCA